AUGAAGGUGUUGAAGUAUGAGAUGUACCUGGACAAUCCACUGGCACGUUUCCUGAUCAAGAAGGCUCUGACCAAUCAGAGGAUAGGACACUUCUUCUUCUGGCAUCUCAAGUCAGAGAUGCACAACAAGACCGUGUCCCGCCGCUUCGGCCUGCUGCUGGAGGCUUUCUGCAGAGCCUGUGGCAUGUACCUGAAACACCUGAACAGACAGGUGGAGGCCAUGGACAAACUGGUGAAUCUGACCGACACACUGAAACAAGAGAAGAAGGAUGAAACACAGAAAACUCAGAUGAAGUUCCUGGUUGAACACAUGUCUCGUCCUGAUUACAUGGAGGCUCUUCAAGGAUUUGUCUCUCCGCUGAACCCUGUUCAUCAGCUGGGAAACCUCAGGCUGGAGGAGUGUCGCAUCAUGUCGUCGGCAAAGCGCCCCCUGUGGUUGAACUGGGAGAAUCCCGACAUCAUGUCCGAGCUGCUCUUCAUCAACAACGAGAUCAUCUUUAAGAAUGGAGAUGACCUGCGUCAGGACAUGUUGACACUGCAGAUCAUCAAAAUUAUGGAGAACAUCUGGCAGAACCAGGGCCUGGACCUGCGCAUGCUGCCUUAUGGCUGCCUGUCCAUCGGGGACUGUGUGGGUCUGAUCGAGGUGGUGAAGAACAGUUUCACCAUCAUGCAGAUUCAGUGUAAAGGAGGCCUGAAGGGGGCGCUGCAGUUCAACUCCAACACCCUGCACCACUGGAUCAAAGACAAGAACCGCGGAGAGGGGUACGACCGGGCCAUCGACCUCUUCACCAGGUCGUGUGCAGGUUAUUGUGUGGCAACAUUCAUCCUGGGAAUCGGAGAUAGACACAACUCCAACAUCAUGGUGAAGGAGAACGGACAGCUGUUCCACAUCGACUUCGGCCACUUCCUGGACCACAAGAAGAAGAAGUUUGGGUACAAGAGGGAGCGAGUGCCGUUCGUUCUCACUCAGGACUUCCUCAUCGUAAUCAGUAAAGGAGUCCAGGAGUCCACCAAGACCAAAGAGUUUGAGAGGUUCCAGGAGAUGUGUUAUAAAGCCUACCUGGCCAUCCGGCAGCACGCCAGCCUCUUCAUCAACCUCUUCUCCCUCCUGCUGGGCUGCGGCAUGCCCGAACUGCAGAGCUUUGAUGACAUCGCCUACCUGAGGAAGACCCUGGCACUGGAGAAAAGCCAGCAGGAGGCGUUGGAGUAUUUCACCAAACAGAUGAACGACGCUCAUCAUGGAGGCUGGAGCACCAAGAUGGACUGGAUCUUCCACACCAUCAGACACAUGCCCAACGAACACUGAUAUAUAUAUAUAUAUAUAUAUAUAUAUACACACACAUAUAUAUAUAUAUGUAUAUAUACACACACAUAUAUAUACAUAUGUGUAUACACUCAUUUAUACAUAACACACAUAUUUAUAUAACACACACCAUCAGACACAUGUCCAGCGAACACUGAUAUAUAUACACUUAUUUAUAUAUAACGCAUAUAUUUAUAUAACACACACACACACCAUCAGACACAUCCAACAGACUCUGAUAUAUGUAGACACCCAAACUGUAUAUAAACUGUAACACACACACACACACACACACAGACACUGUGUCUUUACUGCACUACUGUGAGGAUGAGGAUGAUGGGGCAGAUGAAGGUGUUUGAUUGUUGUAGUUUAAGUAUCACAACAUCAUGUCGGUUGGAUGGUUGUCAUAGCAACAUGAAUCUCAGGGUCACAGGUCAGAGAGGUGGCUGAGGAUGCCAAAGGCAUGCUGGGAAAACAUGAUGAUGAUGAUGAUGACGAUGAUAAUGAUGUCGUAAACGUCUUCCAGUCGGUGCUACAGUCAGCCUGUUAGCUCUGUUAGCUGCUUUGAACACAGAAAAAAAAACUUUAUUAGCGUAGCUUUGAUUUGAAUCAAACUUUAUUAAGACGCACCUAAUUUGAAUGAAGCCAGCUUUAUUGAAACCAGCAAAGUGAACACUGAGGUCACUGUGAGAGCAAUAAAACCUCCAAUCACCAAUCAAUGCUUUGAUUAUGACAAUCAGGAGUUCGGACCAAUAGGAAGGCAGAGCUGAGCAGCUGUGGGUGGAGUCAUGGUGCUGAGACAAGACCAAACUAACCAAUCAGGUUUCUGUUGGAGUGUAAAAGCACGCGUGUGAACACAGUGAGUUUUUAUCAGGGUCAUGUUCCAUCAUUAAACGAUACGUUAAAACCAACAUGAUGACGUCACAUUAGCCUGUUGUCAAAGUUUCUCUCUGAAAUGUUAUGAACUUUAUUGCUCUUUAAAAAUUCAGACUUUCUUCAAAUGUAAUGACUUUUCUUAUGGAAAUAUUGAAAUUUGAUUUUUCAAAUUUUAUUAUUAAAAAUAUUAAAACUUUAUUUUAAGAUAUUACAACUUUUGUAUCCUAAAAAUAUUUUGACUUUCAGAUUUGUUCAUGAAAUCUUUAGAUAUUUUCUUGUGACAUUUCUGUCAGUUUUCGUUGUUAAAUUCCUGCAUGAUAUUUGAAAUUUUACAAGUGUUACCUGUAAAUUUUUUUAUGUGAUGUUGUGAAAUUCUCAGGCAUUGUUUGCGGUUAGCUUUUAGCAGUUAGCAGCUAAUUCAGAUUAGAAGAACAGCAGCUGUUAGCAGUUAGCAGCUAAAUCAGAGAAGAAGAACAGCAGCUUUUAGCAGUUAGUGACUAACUCAAAGAAAAAUAACAAAAGCUGUUAGCAGUUAGCAGCUAACUCAAAAAAGAAGAACAGCCUCUGUUAGCAGUUAGGGGCUAACUCAGUGAAGAACAACAGCUGUUAGCAGUUAGCAGCUAACACAAAGAAGAAGAACAGGAAGAACAGCAGCUGUUAGCAGUUUGCAGUGAACUCACAGUAGAAGAACAGCAGCUGUUAGCAGUUAGCAGCUAACUCAGAGAAGAAGAACAGCAGCUGUUAGUUACACUUUAUCAUCUCUCCGCUCGGAGUAAUAAAACUCAUGUUGCUGAUAUUUCCUCUGCAGACUGCAGCCAGCUGAUAAUUCUAAUAAGAGGCCCCGCCCACAGCUGCUGACAGACGGCAUUCCGACGUUAGCUCCAGAGAUCUGAAUAUUUUUUAAUAUCAAAGUUUUGAGCUCUGAACUGAUUUUUACUGAAUAACAUAUCAAGUUUUAUCAGGGAUCAAACGACAAUCUGAACCAAUCAGCUGCUCAUUAGCCAUUAGCUUGAUCAGGUGCACUGUGUCUAAUGAACCAUGCUAGGCUAGAUGUUAGCGUGUUAGCCUGUUAGCUGAGCUGUUGCACUCUAACCCAUAGUUAGUUAUUAGUUAGCUGAGCUGUUGCACUGGAACAAUGAAUUGUGGGUAGAUUAGUUAGCGUGGGUAGCAUCAGUGGAAGCCCCGCCUCUCCUGUUUCGGUGGCUGACAGCUACCAGGGGACGGGGCCCCACUCAAACGGGUUAAAGGGCCAUGACUCCCGUUUUUAAUGUGAAGGUUUGUGUUUGUUUCUGCUCAGGUCAGAGGUCAGGCUAAGCCCUGCCCACACAUGACUGUGCCGGUUACCAUAGUGACUGAAUAUGUGGAUCUGAGCAGAUGUGAUGUGUUUUUUUUUCAUGUGAUUGAUUGAUUGAUUGAUUGAUUGACUGAUGUAGGCUAUUGAACAGUGAUGACGGCUGAUGUUUUUCUUUAUGUUGAGUAUUGUUCUGUGAUAACUAUUGAUCCUGUCUGAUUCUCCAUCAUCUCCAGGAAAAACUUAUAUGAAAUUAAAUAUAAAAGACAAUGGUUGGAAGACGCUACAAAGCUGAUGCCCACAUACUGCAGGGUCGGCCAAUCAGAGGGCUCAUACAGCCUCCAUGCCCAGAUUUGUAUUUAAACUGAACUUUACAACAGGUCACCUGGGGGGGCGGAGCGUGCUGUGUGACAUCACACACACUUAUCUGUGACUGUCAGUGUCAUCAUGGAUUAUCACUGGAUUUCAAAAUAAAAGCCUGACAGAUGU